AUGGCAGAAUCCCUUAUUACUCAUGGAGCUGAUAUCAAUGCAAAGGAUAACAGUGAUUCUACAGCUCUCCAUAUUGCAGCAAAUGGCAGGAAAGAAAUGAUAGAGCUGCUUAUAUCUCAUGGAGCAGAUGUCAAUGCAAAAAUAUAUGGAAAAACGGCUCUUCACAUCGCAACAUAUUUUAAAAAUAAAGAGAUUGCAGAAUUACUUAUAUCACAAGGAAUUGAUAUUAAUGCAAACGAUAAUGAAGGACUAACAGCACUAAGUGUUGCCUGCCAAAAAGGUUCAAAAGACAUCGUAGAUAUUCUUUUAUCUCAUGGAGCAGAUAUUAAUUCAAGUUCACCUCUUCUUUCUGCAAUGAAUUGUCGUCAUGAUGAAUUAGCAAAGUUACUUAUUUCGCUUGGGGCGAAUGUCAAUGAAAAAGAUCAUACUGGAAAUUCUCCUCUUCAUUUAGCUGUUCAAUUUAAAAUGACAGAAGUAGCAAAUCUUCUCAUUAAACAUGGAGCAGAUAUCAAUUCAAUAAAUGAUAGAGAUCAAACUCCUCUUUUUUUAGCUAUAUGUAGCAAUAAUGUUGAAAUAGCAAAGCUUCUCAUUUCAUCUGGAGCAGAUUAUAAUGCUCGAAAUGAAUCAGGAUUUCCUGUAUUUCAUAUUGCAGCACAUAUUGAAAUGAUUGAAUUUCUUUAUUCGCUUGGGGUUGAUUUCACUGUUAAAUAUUGGCAUGGAAAUACUAUUCUUCAUAAAUUGAUGAGAUUUGGUAAUAGAGAAAAAGAAAUAGAAUUCCUUAUUUCACAUGGCGUUGAUGUCAAUUCAGAAGAUUAUCAAGGAGAAACAGCUCUCCAUCUUGCAACAGAUAACUGUUUUGCAUCAAAUGUGCAAUCUCUCAUUUCAAAUGGAGCAAAAAUAAAUGCCAGAGAUAAAAAUGGAAACACUCCUCUUCAUAUCGCAGCAGAGAGAUAUAGAGGUCAUGUUACAUAUAUUCUUCUUAACAAUGGAGCUGAUGUAAAUGCCAAGAAUAGAGAAGGAAAAACACCACUUCAUAUUGCCGCAUUGGAAAAUAAUGUCGAUUUAGCAAAAACUCUAAUUGUAUAUGAAGCAGAUAUCAAUGCCAGUGAUUGUUAUGGCUUUACUCCUCUUAUCAUAGCUCAAAGACAUCACUGCCAAAAAAUGAUAAAAUUUCUUAAACAUUACAUAUCAUGGGGUUAUUGA